AUGGCUAGCAAAAAACGUAUCGACUCCUACACGUACUUGAGUGGCUUUGGAAACCAUUUCACUUCAGAAGCUUUACCAGGCGCACUUCCACAGGGACAAAAUUCACCACAGAAAUGUCCUUAUGGACUAUACGCGGAACAACUUUCAGGUACAGCUUUUACUGUCGAAAGAAAACAGAAUCAAUUCAGUUGGCUAUACCGUAUUCGGCCUUCAGUAUGUCAUGAACCUUUCACGAAGAUAACCGAGUCAACGAAUCUUCGCGGAUCUUUCUCAAGACAUGAUACCCAAUUCAUUCCAAAUCAACUUCGAUGGAGUCCAUUUCCCUUGCCUAGUGAUUCCGAGUCUUUAAAUUUUGUGUUUGGCUUGAGUACGCUCGCAGGAGCCGGUGAUCCAAUUUUGAAAAAUGGGCUCGCAAUUCACAUUUAUUGCGCAAAUAAAAAUAUGGAGGACAUGGCAUUCUAUAAUUCAGACGGGGAUUUCUUAAUUGUUCCUCAACACGGUCGCCUUGAUAUUUUUACUGAAUUCGGUCGUAUGCUUGUAUCCCCCAAUGAAAUUGCUGUGAUUCCUCGCGGUAUUAAAUAUUCUGUAUCAUUGCCAGAUGGCCCAAGUCGUGGUUAUAUUUUAGAAGUAUAUGGCCACCAUUUCGAAUUGCCAAACCUCGGGCCGAUUGGAGCAAAUGGUCUUGCCAACCCGCGAGAUUUUUUGACACCAACUGCAGCAUUUGAAGAAGAAAAGGAAGGAAACUGGUCGAUUGUGAACAAAUAUGCGGGCAAAUUGUUUAUAGCAAAGCAGGAUCAUUCACCUUUCAAUGUGGUAGCGUGGCAUGGUAAUUACGUUCCUUAUAAGUAUGAUCUUGCGAAUUUCGUCGCUAUCAACUCCGUUUCUCGUGAUCAUAUGGAUCCUUCGAUUUUUACCGUUCUCACUUCAAAAUCAGCAUUCCCUGGCACAGCAAUCGCCGAUUUUGUUAUCUUUCCUCCUCGUUGGGCGGUCCAAGAACACACAUUCAGACCACCGUAUUUCCAUCGAAAUGCGAUGUCGGAAUUUAUGGGAUUGAUUCUUGGGUCGUAUGAAGGCAAGGCAGGUGGAUUUCUACCGGGUAGUGGAAGCCACAUGACUCCACACGGACCGGAUGCAACAACUUACGAAAAGGCGUCAAAUGAGGAAUUGAAACCUGUUCGCGUUGCAGACGGAACUAUGGCAUUCAUGUUCGAGUCUUCUUUGAUGCUUGGGAUUACACAAUGGGGUUUAUCUGAACAAGUGCAUGUUCAACCUGAUUAUUGGAAAGCAUGGCAAAAUCUAAAAAGUAACCUUUUCUAUGAUAUUGAAAAGCAUGAAAAACUUUAUUUUCCAUGA